UGAUACCAGAUUUGUUACAGGAAAUUUUAUUUAUUUAGUUGUAUGAUUCUAAUCCUCAGAAGAGAAAGACUUUUAUUUGAAAAGGUAUCAUUUGUUUUGAAAGUUUAAGGGGAUUUAUUGACAUUUUUUGGUUUGAUUACUUAUUGUUGCAUAACUGUUAUUUAUGUAACAAAAUGUGUAUUAACUGUGGUUAAUGAGCCAUGACCAUUGAGGAAAUGAACAUUGUUGAUAAUUAGGGAAUUUAUAUAAGGAGAAAAGCCUUGCAAUGAAAAGAAAGAAGCAAAUGGUUCAACUUCACAUGUACAACACCAUGGAAUCUUAAAGAAAAGAAAUCAAGUUGAAAUGUCUAAUAUUGCUAGCUAUCUAAGCAAAAGAGAAAUAGGAUCAAAUAACAAGAGAUGGAAUACAAAAGAUAAAGUUCAAGAUUACUUUGAUGAAAUAGGCAGUAAACCUGUGAUAAAUAAGGCAUGCUCCUUGUCGAGAAGAUGUAGAGCUACAUUUCUUGUAGAUUUUAGUUGUGAUAGAACUAAAAUAGCAUCAACUCAUGGUGACCAUAGUGUAAGAAUAACAGAUGCAGCUACAGGAAAGUGUACACAUGUUCUUGAAGGUCAUCCAAGGACACCAUGGUGUUUGGCAUUCCAUCCAUCAUCCAAUCAAAUUGUAGCAUCUGGAUGUCUAGAUGGAGAGGUCAGAAUCUGGGACCUCUUUGGAGGUGGUUCAGAAGUUUGGAGAUGUAAGGAACAUACAGUAAUAGCCUCCCUUACAUUCCAUCCCACGGACAAUCUGUUGGUGUUUGCUGCUGGAAACUCUGUGUACUUCUGGGAUUGGACUAAGCCAGAACCUUUUGCUGUUUGUAGUACUAAACAUGAUUUUGAAAGAGUCAGAUGGGUGAAGUUCCAUCCACACGGCCAUCACCUUUACACGGGAAUAACCAACACUGCUACAUUACAACAGUCUAACUCGUCUAGAGUAUCAUUUAUAAGUGGAAGACCCAGUUUUGUACAGAGAACAAGAGGCUUAAGUAAUGUAUAUGACAACUUGGUCGAGUGUUUUCAGACUUAUCAGAGAGAUAGAGUUAUAAAUUUGGCCUCUGCAGGAUCAGGUCCCAUCGGAAAUACUGCUGAUUUAGAUACUCCUCCCUCACCUGUGCAUGAAGAGGGCCUUAGUUUUGCUCGUCAGUAUGCCAGGCACGUCACAGAAACAGCUGCAUCUGAAGCUGCAGAACAAGAUGAUGUCAUUCCUUCUGAAGAUCAGGGGCCAUCGUCAAGCACUGGUUCUUUACUAUCAGAAGAAUAUUCCUGGAGUCCCCCUUCAAGGACAGCUCCCCCAGAGGAGGCAAUGGAUAGUUCAGCAACAGCUCGUCCUGUCAUUAUUGUAUCAAAUUCACACGAAAGACCGCCAAGGCCAUUAAAUUCAUCCAGGCUCUCAGCAGGGAUAAUUGGCAAUCGUAGGACAGAUAAUUUAUAUAGACAUAUGUUUAGACAAAAUAAUAAUGAUAGUGCUUCUGGGAGUUUAACUAACUUAAGAAGGAGCCCAUUGUCAAGGCCAAGGUCAAUAUUAGACCAAAGUAACUGUGAUGGACAUUGUGAUGUGUGUAGAAACUAUAAUUUGACUGUUCACAAUCGGAGAAAUCAGUCGUCAUUACAGUCUCGUCAAGAAAGACUGGAAAGUCGUAGACGAUAUUGUCGAGAUCGUUUAAUGGCUCUUCGAAGGAGGCAGAAUGACCUGCCUACUUGUAGUUUUAAUGAAAGGUCAUCUAUUUACAGUGAUAAUUCUUCUGAAAGACUGUCUGAUCAUAAUCAACGAUUUAAUUUGAGUUCAUCAGCUGAUCAGCCAGAGGCCAGUGCUUCAGGUCAAAGUUUAGUUGAUAGAAAUAUGAAUAUUUCAGAAAGUGCUAAUAGUACAUCGUCUUUGACUGAGAACUAUGAUAACAUUCGAAACAAUUUUGUCUCCAUAACUACCAGGUUAGAACAGGAGAUGAAUGAAUUGGAUCAUAGAAUUAACGAUCUUCGGAACAGUUUUCAGGAAAGCAUACGACAGUUGCAAGUGGAGCAUGGAAUUGGAGAGGCUAGUGAUGAACAAAGUUCAAACAGAGAUGUACCUUUGAAUCAACAAGUAACAAGACCUGUCAUCACCGUCACUGGAUGUAGAGAAUCUCAUGACUCAGAGCAAAACCAACCAGGAAACCAGCAAACAAGGGACAGAACCCAUUUACUGGAGACUGCACUCAGAACAUCUGUAUCUAGUCCUAGACAAUCUUUACCAACCCCACCUGUAGUCUCGUCAAACUCAAGCUCCAGGACGGAGGUUUCAUCAUCAUCAUCAUCAUCUAACACAUGGCAGACAUUACAGAGGCAUCAUUUACAUCCACAUUAUUCUGUCAGUAUACUAGACGAUACUAUAAAUAGACCACAUGAUGCUGUACAAAGGGCCAUCAAUCAUACAAUAGCAGGCGCUUUUAUGGGUCGAGGUGAAGCAGCGGUGGCUAGUAAUAUAGUAAACCAGACUUACAGAAUACAGUACUGGGAUAUGGUAGCAAAUGCAGUUCCCGAUAUUUCUGAGGAAAAGGUCAAUAUAAUAGUACCUCAUUGUAAACUUCACAAUGAUGCUAGCUGUGAUAUAUCUCAGGAUGGGACAUUGCUAGCGACCUUUGCACCCAGUCAUCGAGGCUUCCCAGAUGACAACAUUAUGGCUGUGUAUUCACUUUUACCGGAGACAGUUGGCCAGUGUCUGUAUACAAAAAGUUUUGGUCCAAAUGCAAUAUCAGUGAGUAUCUCACCAAGAAAUCAACAUGUGUUAGUAGGAUUAGCAGCCAAGAGGUUGAUAUGGGUCUUCACAACAAAUCAGCUGGUUGGUCAGAUUUAUAAGCUGGAUAAUGCUAAUACUGGAGAAAACUCUACCAAGCAUGUGAUGGAUAUAAUGCAUCCGUGUGAUGUAGACAUCAGGUCACAUGUCAGUGUUAAUUCAGCCAGAUGGAUGCCUACUCCAGGACAUGGACUAGUGUAUGGUACUAAUCGUGGAGAUCUACAGAUAUGUAGACCAGGAUCACUAAAAGUAUCAGAAGAUGAAGAAAGAGCCAGUACCAGCUCAUCUACGAGUCGACGUAACAUACUGCUGGAUCACAUGUUGGGGGGAAUAUCUCGUACUCCAGUGACAGUCAAUAGUAUAGCUACUCAAACACCUGCUGUACGGAGAUCUAUGUCUACACAGACUGAAGAAUCAGAUUCAAGUGUUAUUGUGUAAACAUUGUACAACUUUGUAUUUGUAUGCUCUAUGUAUCUUCUGGAUCACAUGUUGGGGGGAAUAUCUCGUACCCCAGUGACAGUCAACAGUAUAGCUACUCAAACACCUGCUGUACGGAGAUCUAUGUCUACACAGACUGAAGAAUCAGAUUCAAAUGAGGGGCUUAAAGGGGGGUAUCUGCACGGAAGAACGCUAAAUAAAAUUGCCUUUUCACAAUGAACAAACAAUUAAAAGUGUCUUGCACAUUGAUCUUUUUACUGAUUUCACGAAACACAGUGAAUAACUAAACCAUUUUCACCACUGCAAGUGAAAUAAAAAUAGCAAAACACAUAGCACAAAAAUAACCCUUUACCACCCUCCCUUAUGUAUCCUAGCUGUGUAUUACCAAUAUGGAGAGAUUAAGAUACACAUAGUCAGACUACAUAGCUUAUGAAUCACAAUCAGAAGCUUUGAUCUUAUUCCAAUGCCAGUCUGAGCUCCUCACUGUCUUACUGUCAGUAGGAAAUUAUUCAACCAUAAACUGUAAAGCAAGUAAUUUUCGCGUUGAUUUUAUUUUUGCGACUUUGCAAGAAGAAUAAUAUCACAAAUAUAAAUCGUUGCAAAUAUGUAAAUCACUAAAAUAAAUCAUGUGAAAUGGACCAAAAAGGGCUAAACGCAAAAUAAAGUAUCCGCUAAAAAUAGUUGAUUUACAGUAAUAUAUAUACUGUGUCUAGAGUUUCAUGUUAAGCUGUAUUGACAUAAUUAUUGAAGCUACGUAGCUCACUUCUGUAGUCCAAACACCAAAGUCGGACAAAGAGAGAGAAAAGGCAUGUUGUCUUUUAUUAAGGUUGUUAGUGUGAUAGGUUGUAAGAUGUCUUAUACUAAAGUUAAACUACCAAAUACUCAAUUGGUUGUGUGUGUCGAAAAGACUUUAAGAGUAGUCAUGAUAACAUAAAAAGUAGAUUCUAUAUUUUCUGACCCUCUUGUAUAAGUCAUGUAAUUCGCAGCUUCAGAAUUUAACAAUUCUGAGUAAUAUGUAGAGAAUUACAGAUCUAAGACAUUAUUGGUGUACAGAUAUUAGACAAAAAGAUUUUUUUAUAGUGAAGUUCACCAUUGCAAUACCUGAGCUUUGUAUAAGUUUAUAUAUAUCACUGUGACGUCAUAUAGUUAGUUGAAGUUAAAGAUGGACUACAAAGAUUUGUACAGUGGCUUACAUUGUACAUGUAGGUAAUAAUCAAUUUGUUUAUAAAAUUUAGCUUUCAUCUUAGGGAUAUAAGACAUACUCCUGUAUUUUUCAAAAUUUUUGAGAUGCAUUUAAUUUAUUUGUAUGUAUUAAUGGAGUCAAUUGCUUGCCAAAGUUGUAUAGUUAAGGAUGUGUAUUCCCCCUAUAAAUAAUGUGGAUUGAGAUAGCACUGGAAUUUAUUUCUGUAUCAAAUUUUUCAGCUCUAUGCCAUUACAUGUAUAUGAUUACAUUAGAUUUUGGGAACCCACCCACCUUCAAUUUAGGUUUUAGAACCCCCCUAGUUCAUAUUAAAUUUUGUGAAGAUCCUAACCCAUAUAUUUCGAUACAAAUUCGUCAUCCAUCAUCUACUUCUCAAUUAUUAAAUAUGGUAAAUUCUGAAAUUAUUGGGUGCAUUUAUUAUUGAGAUUUUUGAAAACUUUCAUACAGAUAUAUGUACCAGAUAUCAGAAUAUUAAUUCUUAUAAUUGAGAUUCUCCCACAGCAUCAUGAUUGGUUAUAUUAUGAAUCACUGGUCAAUGACCAAAGCAUGGCCUCUCUUCGACAGUCAGUGGGCCCCAACUUUUAAAAAAUUCUGGAUCUGCCACUGUUUACAGUAUACACACCGAUGCAACUUAAAUAGACUGAAAGUUUAUUUUACAUGUUUAAAGAGUUUCAUUAAUUACUUAACACUUUCACUACUGAUGUAAUUUUGUCCGUUUCCGAGGAAAAUUUGCACACCCAGAUUCCACAUUGUUGCAGAAGAUGAAAAAUUAAUGAUUGAUUGAUUUAUUACCUAGAUAUAAUAUCACCCCAUUUUAUCAUAUUUGACAUAUAAAAAAGUGACCCGAUCAUCUAGCAAUCCAUUAUAUGAUGCAGACUUCCAUUUCAAUAUGAUUAUGUACACGUGUUGCUGUGCAAUAUUCUUUUUAUAAUGUAUUUUGUUAAUCAUGUAUGGCAUGUCCAACAAAUUAUUUCAAAGGUUAAGACAAUAAUAUUUCAUUAAAACCAGUUAAUAAACUGUGAAAGUUAUUAAAUUGCUUGAUUUGAUAUUGAAAUGUUGUUGUUAGGGAGCUACCAUUUGAUUUUUAUGGGGGGGCUAGGAUGAAACAUUUUGUCCGGCAUUUUUUUUUAGCUGUAAUCUCUGUCCUGCCUUUUUAUUUUUCACUCUGUUCAGUCCUGCCUUUUUUUUUUUAGUUUAUCCUGACUUUUUUUACCUAAAUUGGCGUCCUGACUUUUUUUUUUUGCAAGUGUCUCAUCCUGCCUUUUUUUUUUACUCAAAACUCCUGUCCUGCCUAUUUUUUUCAAAUUUCAUCCUAGCCCCCCCAUAAAAAUCAAAUGGUAGCUCCCUUAACCAUUUUUGUAACCAUUAAAUAUGUGAAUAGGGCCACAUGUUAGUGCUUGGUAUUUAUUGUAUUAUGAUUUUCCUAUAUUUUGUUUCUAAAUUCAUCAUGUUAUUAAACCAUUUAAAUCUUU